AUGUCCGACACCGAAGGAAAACCUCUGGCCCUCGUGACCACGGGCGGAGGACUCAUGGCAGGCGGAGACAACUCAAGAGGGGGUUCUGCUGCUGGAGGUGGUGACACCCCUGCUGGCGGAGUCACUCCGAGUGGAGGUGACGCCAAACCUGACAUACCAUCCGAGUCUGAAGAGCCCAACCUGAGUGACAUACGAGGAAAGACUGCGACGAUCGUGUUGAAUGAAGAUGCUAAGAAGCAGCAGGAGAAGUACAACAGAGGAAAUCUCGCCGCGAAGUAUGUACUCUUGAACUCGAUUCACAGCAACAUCGUGGUUAAUCUGUUCUAUGAAAAUCUGGAGUACAUGUUACGAAUGGAUAUACAGCCGGACGGACCGAACUCGGACCCACUCUGGAAAAAUAAAGUGAGGUUUCUCCGUGCCCAGCUCACGCGAUCAAUCAAUAGAAUCGCAGAGUUCACCUCGAACGAGGAAACCCAAGACCUCGAGGAGGCAUGCGCCUUGGAAACAGACCUGAAGGUAGCUCGCGAGAACUAUACGGCAGCUUUCGAGACAUUAUCAGCAGCCCCAGAAUUCUGCGAGAACACUCAGAAGCUGGAGGAGGAAUUCGAUAAGCACAUGAACUGGCAGGAAACGGGAACCCCUCAGCCAACGCAAGUGGAGACCCCAAAUCCGACUUCGGAAACCUUCUACUCGGAGUACCAGGAAAACUCCGAACAACCGGAGAACAGUCAACCACCUCCAGAUCAUCAGAAUCCAAUGUGGCCGGUAAAAAAUCCGGAGAAGAAAGUGCCCAGGUACAACGGCGACCCGAUCAAAUUCAACGAAUUCUGGAAGUUGUUCGUCUAUUACGUCGACUCGCGCCAGAUGGACAUCACGGAGAAAAGCCGUAUCCUAAAAAACUCGCUCCAUGGAAAGGCCCUGUCAGCAGUCUGCCACUUGGAAAUCGGGGAGGAAUCAUACGAUCUGAUGAAGGACACCAUAUCGGAGACUUUCGGGCAUAGCAACGCCGCCAAAGAACAGCUUUCGCAGAGACUGCAUUCGCUAUGCAAUAUGAAGGACCUCACGAAACCAAGCAAGUUUAUCCAUUUCGUUUCUCUUUUGGCUCAGAAUCUACGUCAGCUAGUAGCCCGCGGGGACACCUUCGAGUCCCUCUCGACAUCUUUCGCGCCAUUAGUUCUCUGUAGCAUUCCGUACGAUCUUCGGGUUCAAUUCGAUUCUCUGUGGGACAUGAGAACGUCAGAGGAGACCUCCCGCUUGGAGUCUCUAUUACAAUUUCUAAUCCGCAAGAAACGAAUCUAUGAGGAAUCCGACUGCCAGGGCACGUUCCUGAACCGGGGAAGAGAUUCCCAGGAUCCGCAACCGAGAUCCAGAAACGAUAGACCCGACUCGAAGGAGGAUUCGAAUAGAAAUUUCGGUUAUAAACAUAAGACUCAGUUUUCCUUCGGUGGGACCACCAAUCAGGUGGACCACUCUUGCGUCUUCUGCGGUAAGGACCACGAGAGUUCAAAAUGCUCGGUAAAAAUGUCACCUGAGGAUCGGAAGAAGCGAUGCACAGACCAGAAAGCCUGUUUGCGAUGCUUGCGUAGAAACCACAGAGCGAAAACCUGUCGCGCUAGAGUAGAUAAUUGUUCGAAAUGCGGCGGUCGCCACUCCAGCCUGAUCUGCGGAGGCUCCGCCGCGGGACCUUCGGGCACCCAGUCCGGGGGAUCUUCGGGAGGCUCAAACUUCCAGGUCACGGCUGCGGGUUGUCUCCCUCAAAACUCAUCUUCGGCACAGCUCCUCCGAACCGCCUAUGUCUAUGCGGUUAACGGUUCCAAGAGAAUUAUCUGUAGGGUGCUUCUUGAUCCCGGAGCCAUGCGCUCGUUAAUUUCAGAUCGAGUGGUAAAGGAACUCGGUAUCGAGACCACGGGCUCGGAGAUCAUAAACAUUCACGGAAUCGCGGGGACAGUAACGGAGGUAAAAAAUAUGAGAACUUGCAAGAUCAAACUCCAAAGCAGAUUCUCAGAGAGCUGCGUUAAAAUAGAAUGCCUCUCAAUCCCUCAAGUCAUCAAAGGCGCCAUUCCCUACGCUGCUGCGUUCAAAGGUUUUCACCCAGCGGCAGAUCAGCGGGAAUCCGGCUUCCCUGAUGAGAUAGAUAUCCUCAUAGCGAAUGAUUGGUUACAUCUAAUCUACGUUGGUCAGGAACGCGUAACUAUUACGAGAAUCGGCUCCAUGUUCGCGUGCCCCACAAUUUUCGGCUGGGUUUGCUACGGCUCCGAUGGCUCAAACAAAAUCCACCAUUCGGUUUUCACGUCAUCGGCGGUUAUUCAGAACGUCGUAGCCGCAUCAGCUAUCGUGGGAAACCCCACAGUAAAGAAGAAAACCACUCCUACGGACCUCGAACACCUCUGGGACACGGAGCUCCUUGGGAUCGAGAAUCCCCUCCCAUCAGACGAGGAAAAAAGUCAGGAAGAAUUAAUCAAGUUCUUCAAAAGUUCGGUCGAGUGUAUGGAAAAUGGUCGUUACUCCGUCUCGCUCCCGUUCCGGGAUAACAUAAAGACUCUCGGAGACAAUCAAAAGAUCUCAUACUCUCGCCUCCUCGCGUUCCUCAAGAACGCGAAAAAAGAUCCCUCGCUAUUAAAAGCAGUAGAUGCGGAAAUCCAGAAAUACAUUGACUUGGGCUUCGCAGAGCUGGCCUCCCCAAGGGCGCCCGGAGAACCCGCCCACUUCCUCCCACUCUUAGCGGUAGCGAAAAAGUCUCUGUCAAAUACCCAGGUCCGGAAGGUUAGGAUCGUGAAGGACUGCGGUUGCCGCUCGAAGGACGAGGCUUCACUCAAUGAUGUUCUCGAAACAGGUCCGAACCUUCCACCGGACAUCCUCGCGGUUCUCAUGAAUUUCCGCAAACAUUCGAUCGUGAUAGUCGCAGAUGUACAGCAAGCCUUUAUGCAAACGCUGACAAACAAGGAUCAUAGGAAGUUUUUGACAUUCUUCUGGCCCACGGGCGUUUCCGAAAAUCCGAAUGCUCCAAUUAAAGAGUAUUGGCAGACCGUCCUGGAUUUCGGUCUAUCAUGCUCUCCAUUCCUGCUCUGUCAGGUGCUCCGACAUCACCUCGAUCUCAAUAUCGAAAAGACGCCCGGGAGCGCAAACAUUCUGCGAGACAUCCGGGAUACGUUCUUCAUGGACGAUUUCUGCACGGGGGGCUCAUCCGUCAGAGACGCGAAGAACGCGGUGAAGCUGGUGGUUUUUACGUUUACGUUUUUACGAAAGGUCACUUCCCUCUCGACAAGUGGGCGACUAACUCCAGAGAACUCGCAGAGUUCAUUUCGCAACUAG